AUGAAGAUCAAGCGACAGAAACAAGCCAAGAAGAACAUCAGCUUCUACAAAUACAACUUUCAUUUCAGAGAACCUUUCCAGAUCCUCGUGGAUGGAACCUUUUGUCAAGCAGCCCUCAAGAAUAAGAUUCAAAUCAAGGAGCAAAUGCCAAAAUAUCUGAUGGGAGAAGUGCAACUAUGUACGACUAGUUGUGCCCUGAAAGAACUUGAGACUCUGGGGAAAGAGUUGUAUGGAGCUAAACUCAUCCUUCAGCGGUACCAGACCAGAAGAUGUGCCCAUUUCAAAGAGCCCAUCCCAGCCUCGGAGUGUCUGCUGUCCAUGCUGGGGAAGACCAACCCUCACCACUAUUUUAUAGCCACUCAGGACCACACUCUGACCUCAGGCCUGAAGGAAAUCCCCGGAGUCCCGCUCUUUUACAUCAUUCUCAACACCAUAGUUUUGGACAAGCCGAGCCAGGCGUCACUCGACUACGUCCAGAAGGUGCAGCUGGGCGAGCUGGUGAGUUUGUCCCAACAAGAGAGCAUCCGCAGCCUGAAGGAGGAGCAGGGUCUGGGGCAGAAGGACCCGGAGAGGAGGCCCAGGAAGAGGAAACGCAAGGGCCCCAAUCCACUGAGCUGCCUCAAGAAGAAGAAGAAAACUGAGCCCACACCGGCGAAGAAACCUGAGGACGGACAGAAGAAGAGAAGGAGCCGACAUAAAAGACGGAAAAGUAGCGGCGUUGUGACAAACCCUGAAGCUCCCAGUCAAUAA